GGAGUUGAGCACCUGGGGCGGUUCCCUCGUGAGAAAAGUAAAGAUGCACAAUUGGCGUAUAAUUUAUCUAUUAAUAUGAAAGAUUCAACGUUCAUAGUCGGAUUAUGUAUAUUAAAUAAACGUUUAUCGUUGACGUCGCCCGUUGUCUGUGGUUUACAGUCAUCGGGUGAUAUUAUGGAUUGCAAACAACUAAUUGAUGAUAUAAUAUUUAUGUUUAAAUAUAGUCGAAAUGAGAAAUUAGAACAAAAUUAUGAAGAAAUUUUUGAUGAUGUCAGAGAGUUAUGCUAUAUAACUGGUCAGUUUGUUAAAGUAUUAUCCUUCAGUAUCAAACCGAAUGUUCGUUCGACUGAUGAUUUUCGUGUAUGGUGUGAACAACAUUCCUUACCAUCUGACCAAGCAACAAUUCAUACACCAUUUGUAUCUAAGUUUUAUAUAAACUCAUGUGAUGAUAUUUUCAUUCUUUUGACGACAAGAAGACUAAUAUCUGUCGGUGGCUUGUCAAGUUUCUUUCAAGUUGAAUUAAAUUAUCAUGAUUUACCAGUAUUAGUAUGUCUGGUGUUUAGCUGUUCUACUUACAUAUUCUUCCUGUUCUGCCUAUUUCUGCCACUACGUCAGUAAGUAAGUGCUGACAAUAAUCUUUCUCAUUAUUAUUCCUAAUCUACGUAAAACCGGGUACAAAUCAAUCAAAGUCAGGUACAUAUCUGUCUCCGGGCACAAAAGUGUAAAAAGAUUUUCU